AUGGCAUACAACGGCCAAGGUCACGGCCAGGGCCAGGGCCAUGAAUAUGGCGGACACCCAAUGCAAGAUCUCCCGUCGGGCGGCAACUAUCACAUCCCUCCUCAUGACCAUGAUGAGGAUGCCCGUGGCUAUUUGCUAAAUGAACCUCCCCCACACGGCUACGAUCACGACCGUCUUGGUGCUGGCACGCCCCCUGACCGACCCGUCUCCGCCUACAGUCUUACCGAGUCGUAUGCUCCUAAUGCAUCACAACUCCCUCCAGCUGGCUCUGGUGGCUUCAAUGAUAAUGGAUUUGGUCAGUAUGGACAAGCCCAGGGGUUUGGCAACCCUUAUGAUCGCCCUCUCUCGGCGGUGCAUGAUGAGGAAGAGAGCUGGAUGCAGCGACAGCAGCAGCCUGGCGGCAUGAGCCAGGGUGGCGGUCUGAAGCGCUACAACACCAGAAAAGUCAAGCUGGUACAAGGAUCCGUCUUGAGCAUCGAUUACCCCGUCCCAAGCGCCAUCAAGAACGCUGUUCAGCCUCGUUACCGUGAUGUUGAAGGCGGCAACGAAGAGUUCAUGAAGAUGCGAUACACCGCCGCCACCUGCGACCCCAAUGAUUUUACCCUGAAGAAUGGUUACGAUUUGCGUCCUCGUAUGUAUAACCGACAUACAGAGCUGCUCAUUGCUAUUACCUACUACAACGAGGACAAGGUGUUGCUGUCGCGAACACUGCACGGUGUUAUGCAGAAUAUUCGAGAUAUAGUUAAUCUCAAGAAGUCUACUUUCUGGAACAAAGGUGGCCCGGCCUGGCAGAAGAUUGUUGUCUGCCUGGUCUUUGACGGUAUUGAGAAGGCCGACAAGAACACGCUUGACGUUCUUGCUACUGUUGGUGUUUAUCAGGACGGUGUCAUCAAGAAGGACGUUGACGGCAAGGAAACCGUCGCUCACAUCUUUGAAUACACCAGUCAGCUGUCCGUGACCCCCAGUCAGCAGCUGAUUCGACCAACUGGCGACAGCCCUCAGAACCUGCCACCCGUGCAGUUCAUCUUCUGUCUCAAGCAGAAGAAUAGCAAGAAGAUCAAUUCCCACAGAUGGUUGUUCAACGCCUUUGGCCGAAUCCUGAAUCCCGAAGUCACAAUUCUCAUCGACGCCGGUACGAAACCUAGCCCUCGAUCCCUCCUCGCGCUCUGGGAAGGAUUUUACAACGACAAGGAUCUCGGUGGCGCUUGUGGUGAGAUUCACGCCAUGUUGGGCAAGGGAGGCAAGAAGCUUAUCAACCCCCUUGUUGCCGUCCAGAACUUUGAGUACAAGAUUUCCAAUAUUCUUGACAAACCUUUGGAGAGUUCUUUCGGUUACGUUUCCGUCUUGCCUGGUGCCUUCUCUGCUUAUCGAUUCCGAGCCAUCAUGGGCCGCCCCCUCGAGCAGUACUUCCAUGGUGACCACACGCUGUCCAAAAUCCUUGGCAAGAAGGGUAUUGACGGUAUGAACAUCUUCAAAAAGAACAUGUUCUUGGCUGAAGAUCGUAUUCUGUGUUUCGAACUUGUCGCCAAGGCCGGCCAGAAAUGGCAUUUGACCUAUAUCAAGGCUGCCAAGGGUGAGACCGAUGUGCCUGAGGGUGCUGCCGAGUUCAUCAGCCAGCGUCGACGUUGGUUGAACGGUUCCUUUGCUGCCUCUCUGUAUUCGCUCAUGCAUUUCGGAAGACUGUACAAGAGUGGUCACAACAUCAUUCGCAUGUUCUUCUUCCACAUUCAGAUGAUUUACAACGUUCUCAACGUCAUCUUCUCCUGGUUCUCGCUGGCUUCUUACUACCUCACCACUACUGUCAUCAUGGAUCUGGUCGGUACGCCUGUCGUCGCCUCCUCUAAUGCCGCAGAGCACCACGGCUGGCCUUUUGGUGAUGCAGCCACGCCCAUUAUCAAUGCGCUGCUCAAGUACCUGUAUUUGGCCUUUGUCAUCCUGCAGUUUAUUCUGGCAUUGGGUAACCGGCCAAAGGGCUCCAAGUUCACAUACAUUGCCUCAUUUAUGAUAUUCGGCCUGAUCCAAGGAUAUAUUCUUGUCCUGUCUGGAUACUUGGUUGCCCGAGCCUUCAAGGACCCCAUUUCGGAACAGAUCAAGCUCGAUUCCAGCGAGGAUUUCGUGCGUAGUUUCUUCUCUGGCUCUAGUGCAGCCGGUGUGAUUCUCAUUGCUUUGAUCACCAUUUACGGCCUCUACUUCCUGGCGUCGUUCUUGUAUCUCGACCCUUGGCACAUGUUCCACUCCUUCCCGUACUAUCUGCUUCUCAUGUCCACCUACAUCAACAUUCUCAUGGUCUAUGCCUUCAACAACUGGCACGAUGUCUCCUGGGGAACCAAGGGUUCAGACAAAGCUGAAGCGCUUCCAUCUGCGAAUGUAACCAAGGGCGAAAAGAACGAAGUCGUUGUGGAGGAAAUCGAAAAGGAACAAGAAGAUAUUGACAGUCAAUUUGAACAAACGGUCCGACGAGCUCUUGCGCCCUUCAAGGAUGUGGAAGAAAUCGAGAAGAAGGACGUCGAGGACUCGUACAAAUCCUUCCGUACCGGCCUGGUUGUUUCUUGGCUCUUUUCCAAUAUUUUGCUUGUGGUUGUUAUUACCAGCGACAACUUCAACUCAUUUGGCAUCGGAAAAUCCGCUUCUGUUCGUACUGCCAACUUUUUCAAGUUCCUGCUGUACGCAACGGCUGCAUUGUCUAUUGUUCGAUUCAUUGGAUUCUUGUGGUUCUUGGGUAAGACGGGUAUAAUGUGCUGCUUCGCUCGCAGAUAA